AUGAAAGUGUGUAUUUAUUUAAAAAUAGUAACACUUUUAUAGCUAUCCUUUUCGUUAUUAGCAUGCCCAACUGGUUGUAAUGUAUGCAACAGUUAAAAUAUCUGCCAGUAGUGUGAGCAAAAUUUUUAAUUAGACUAAAAUUCAGGCGUUUGUAUAUUCUAAGGUUGCCAACCAUAAUUAUACUUUUAAGAUAAAAGUAAUAAUUAGCAAGGUGUUUGCUAAGCUAUUUGCGAUUAAGGAUACCAAGGUGAUAAUUAAACAAAUCUAUGCGUCAGUCUGAAUCAAUGCUCUCUAACGUAUAGCGCAUAAACAGGAAUUAGUAAAGUGAAUGAAGCAAUUAAGUAGAUAUUACCCUACUAAGAUGAUUAUUUUAUCAUAGUAUACUCAUCAUAUAUCAGCAUGCAGCUUAAAUCAACAGGGGUUUUUAUGCAAAGUAUUCCUUUCUAGCAGAAUAUUGAAUAUGUAGAAUAUUUUCAAGGUAACUUUUACAUAUUUUAAAAUGAUAACAAAGUUGCAAAAUGGAAUUUAUAGAAUAACAGCACUCAAUUAUUUAGCUAUGCCUUAUAAGGAAAUUUAGAUUAGAGCACACAAAUAAUUUAACUUAACAAAUAAUAUGCUAUUGUUAUUACUUUUGAAAGAAAAAAGUCAAAAAUCUAUGGCAGUUUAUUACUUGAUUUAAUAGAGUAAAAAUUUGUUUAAUACUCUUCAGUUAUUUAAUUAACUCAAUAAAGUUUUGAAUAAUAUUAUUUUUUUAACGAUUUAAUUUAUAUUUCUUCACCUUCUGGAAUUCAAAUGCUAUAAUUUUUUAUAGAUAAGGAUAAUAAUUUGAAUACACAGAGUUAUUCAAACUAAAAUUUGUGCCAAAAUUUAAAUUCAGUCAGCAUUUAACAAGCAUUAUCCCUAAAUAAUUUGUAAAACAUUUUAAUAUUGAGCAAGCAAGCGCUUUAUCUGGUUUUAGAUUAAAAUUCUUGCUAAGUAUUUUCUAUUCCUUAGCCAUGUGCUUAAAUUAAAAUGGUGCCUUCUUCAACAUCAUAACCAUAAAAUUUCUACUUUUUAUAGCUUUAGACAAUGAUUCUCGUUUUGGAUAGUAAGUAAACCGAAAUUGCAUAAAUAAUAAUCUAAAAAAAUAUUAUUGAUUUUCUUUUAAUAACUACUUCUAGUUAAAAUGUGAUUUUAUCCAUCCUUGAUAAUUCAUCUGAUCUGAGUUUUUUUAAUUUCAAUCUGAUUAAAUUUGAAAAUCAGUUAGUAUAUUAAAAAUAAUUGAAUAAUUUCAAUCCCACUAGUCUAAAUCUUAUAAAUUAACUUAUUGAUAGUAAUAAUUAGCCAAUUCAAAUUUAAUUAAUUGCUUAUUCAAAGUAAUUAUAGUCCAUAACAUUGAACAUAACUAAUCAAAACUCUUUAACUAUAACAAAUCAGUACUACUUAAAGCCAUUUUAAAGAAAAUUUAUUGAUAUGUAAUCAGGCAUCUAGUCAAUGGAUACAAAUGAUUCUAAUAAUCUUAUAACUUCAUGCUCAAGUAAUGGGUAAAUCAUGACAUGGAGCUACUCAACAAUAACAAAACCUUAGCUCAUCGAUUAAACUUUCAUAAAGAAUCAAGGCUUAUGCUAAACAGUAUCAUAUCUAGUAAACAAUUAUGUUUUGAUACUAUUCUAAAAUAGCAUUAUAGCUUUUGAUGUUGUUUUUUCUAAAAUUUUGUAUACUUGGAGUUUCACUAAUACACAAUCAAAAAUGAAAAACAAAUUUAUAUUGCCAUUAAAUGGCAAUUCAUAUCUCUUAUAUGAUUCUUGCUUUAAAGCUUUUGAUCAAAAUUUUUCGCUGAUAUUUUAAGACUGUAGUUCAUUCUUUGAUGAUGUUAUAAUGAAAGCAGUUUUAGAUCUUAGUAUGAAUUUAGUUGUUUAAAAAGCGAACUCUUUUACAGUUUACUAAUUAUAAAAUAACUAAUUAAAUCUUCUGGCCUCAUAUCCCAGCAUACCUCAAAUCUAAAUUUGGAAGAUAAGAAAUUUCCCAUAAAAAUAUCAAUAAGCAAACAAUAUCAUUUUCGAGAUAGUUGCAUUUUUUUCUGAUUAAUCAUUUACAAUAUUUACAGAAAAAUUAAUUCCAAUAAUAACAUACCAAAACGUCUUUCUCUCAGCAGCUGUUGAUAUAAGUUUUAUGAAUAAUGACCCGGACGACAAUUUAUAUGUUGUUGGAGGAAAAAAUAGCUAAAAAGGUUCUUCAUUUCCAUACCAAUCCUUCGGCUUAUUCAAGAACUACACAAAUAUGUUUUCAGUUGCUUAACAAAGUGGUUUAAGUAAAAUAUUUCCUCUCUAUAAAAGUGUAAACUAAAAUAACAAUAACAUUGGCUAUAGUAUCUAAUCAGUUGUCCUUUUGAGCUAUUGUACUGUUGUAGCUACCUUUCAUUACAACAUGCAGACUUAAAAUAAUUUUUAUUAUGCAAAUUAAAUAGACUAUAAUAUAUUUAUGAACUCUUUCUCGUUAGUCAAAUAAGAUUAAUUUUUCAUAUUUGGCGAUACAGCGGGUUUAAUGACAGUUGACGCAACAAGAAGAUAAAAAUAUACUAAUGUUUAUAAUAUAAGCCCAAAUGAAAUAUAAUCAAAGGAUUUUAUUAAAGGAGUGUAUUAAAGUUAAGUGCUACAAAAAUACUUUAUUAUAAAAUCCAAUAUUUAAGUGUACAGACUGUUAACCAAUGAGUUUAUUGAAGUAUUAGAAGUUAAGAAGGAUCCUAACUAAUCUAUUUAAUAUUUCAUGAUAGUAGAAUAGUAAAAUUCUAUCAUUUCCUUAAAAUAAAAUGUAUUAUUUGUUAAGAAUUACUAGACAAAUUAAAUCUACUAUUUCAACAGUUUCUCUACAAUUACUAAUUAUUUGGUAGCUAAUGAUAUUAUUUAUGUAUAUGGAUCAACUAUUUCUAUCUUACUUUUUGAUUUGACAUAAAAAUGUACUUUAAAAGAUCUAACUGAUAACACUAUCGUUCAGUAGUGUUCAUUAAGCUCGAUAGGAUUAGUUUGCAAAAAAGCUUCAGGAAAUCUCAAUGUUUUUGAUGGGUAGAAUCUUAGCCCUAUAAUUAAUUUAUCAUAGCGCUUCUUAGAUAAUAACUAUAAGUUUGUAAUAGAUAACACAUAUUAAAGAAUAAUAAUGUAUUCUUCUAAUAUUGAGGUAUACAGCUUAACUGGAAAUUUUCAAAUGUACGUUUCCUCUGUCAAUUUAGUAAUUUAAGAUAUCCAGAUAUAUACCAAUGAUAUCGCUAUCAUGUCUGCAAGUAUAUUUAUCUAUGAUAGAAAAACUUUAUAAUACAGAGGAGUGAUUCUUAGUCCAGGAGGGGCAGCUAUUUUAAAUAUGGGAUAUAUCCCUGAAUUAAAUUAGAUAAUAUUUUAUACAUCUUCUACAAGAUAUGCUUAGCUCUUUACUAUUAGCUUAGACAAUUUGCUUACAGUUAUGUAAUACAAAAAUUCUUUAACAUAAAAUAAUCCAUCAUUAGUUUCAGGUUAUGCCUAUGAUAAAGAUUAAAAUCUAAUCCUUUUUUUAGAUACAUAAGGAAGUUUCUAAGCUUUAGAUUACCUGGGUUAGGUUAUUUAAAGAGCGGCUUUUAAGUUUGCUGAAUAUGACUAAUACUCAGCGUAUUCCUUUGUUGGGUUUUCAUUAGAUUUUUAAAAUAAUAACAUGUUGAUAUAUUCUUAAACUUAAGUUUUUUAUCUUUGCCUUGCUGAUUUUUUGAAUUAAGCAAUUUAAUUUAGAACUAACAAGAAAUAACUAUUUGCUUAAAUUGCAGAUAAAAGUUAUUAUGGUUAAGGUUCAAAUAGCAUUGCCUUUUUAACAGCAGGAGAUUUAGGUAUCCUUUACAAGUACUAAAAUUCUUUAUUUGAAUACUUUUACUAAGUUAAUGAAGAAAUUCAAAGCAUAAUAUAUAAUUCAAACAUCAAAACAUUGAUAAUUGCUCUUUCUCAGUCAUUUAUUAUUUUUAAUUAAUUUGAUUAAGCAUCUAUGAGCAAUUUUAAUCAAUUUUAAAAUCAAUAAAAGAUAAUUUCUUUAAAUAGUCUUUUUUCUUAAUUCAUUUGUGAAGAUAUAUAUAUGACUAAAGAUAGAUUGAUAAACCACUAUGAUUUUGUUAAUUAAGUUACUCUUGGUAACAUACAAUUUAAAGACCCUUAAUCCUUAAUAAUCUAAAAAAUAUGCUCUAAUGUUACCCCAAAUGUAUAUUUGGGUUUAAAUAAUGGAGAUGUUAUCAUAUACAACAGAAAUACCUAUUAGUAAUCUACUAUCAGCAUAGUAACCAAAUAAUAAGGAUAGUAGUAUUCUAGCUUAGAAAUAGGAUUUUUAAAAGAAACAUCCACAUAUUUAUGGGUUUGCUUUAGUAAUUCACAAGGAAUUUUUAGAAUCAAUCUUUAGAAUUAAAAUUUCGAAUAAAUCAUUUAAUUUGACUCUCUGAAUUCUUAUAGGCCAUUCAAAUAGUUAAACGUUAUGCUUUUUGAUGUUGAUGAAUAAAACACUAGGAUAUUUUUAAAUUUCUUGGGAGAAAAACUUCUUAGAGUGUUUGAUUUUUCUGGUAAGUUUAUCUAAUAGCUUUCUUUACCAGACAUAAUGUAUAACACUCUACAAAUUAAUUAGUCUCAUUUGCUAGUUUAUAAUAUCUUUCAUGUCAUGAUAUAUGAAAGAAAUACUCUUAAAUACAUCUAAAGAGUAAGAAGAAACAAUCGUGUUGACAUUUUAGUUGAUGUAAUAGAAAUAAAUAGUUAAUACUUAGUCCUUUUAAGUUAAGAUAAAUAUGAAAUAUUUUAAAUAAUGCAAAAUUCGAUUGAAGCUAUUUUAAUGGAUCAAGUGGUUUUGUAAGAUCCGAUAUUUAUGGCUUAUGCAAUAAGCAGUGGAGAUAAUAGUAUUACAGAUUAAAUCAUGUAAAUUUUGUUAUUCUCAUCGGAUCAAAUAACCGAAAAGAAAUAUAACCUAAAUUAUGAGAGCAAUUAAAAUUUCAAUAAAAUUUGUAGUAUGCAAGUUUCUGUUAGUCAAUUUUAUGAUAUUUCAUUUUCGAUGAGCAAAAUCAAGCCUGUGUCAUAUCCUGACUCAACUUAGGCUUCUAUGAUUCCAGUAGCAGACUCAAGUUUAAACAAUUAUUGGAAUAUUCAAUUAAGUGGAAAUGAUUUAAGGAGUAUUAAUUUCCAAAGCACUCUUAAUAGUUUUACUCAAGUCUGUCCUGUAAAAGAUUCUUAAAUGUCAAAUAGUUAAACAUUUUAUCCUCUUCAAAUAUAUUAAGAUUCAUUUAUGGCAUAUACAAAACAAGUUGUACAAAUAAGAGAUUUCAGUUUCAACUUCUCAGACAAUUUAUCAUCUAUUAGUUUUUUCAAUAGUUCUACAAAUAUAAUUUUUGAAAAUAUUUAAAUUAAAAAUUAAGCUAUUGGCAAUAUUACAUUUUAAUUUUCUAACAUGAAUCGCGUUACUCUUAACUAAAUUAAUUUGAGUAAUCUACAAAGGAAAUACAAUUAAAAUAGUACUCGAGCUUAAUGGUUCUUCGCCUUUUAAAAUGUGAACGAAGUCAAUAUCUAUAAUUUAAUCUUAGAUAAUAGCAACUUGGAGAGCUUGAGCUUUAAUGGUUUGAUAUCAGCGUUUAAUGUUAAAAACAUUACAAUUUCGAACUUGACUGUUUAAAACUCAAAUAUUUAUGCUUUAAUUGAUAUCUAUAAAGUUUAAAAUUUUGAAAUUCAUAAUUUAUAGAUAAUCAAUUGUAAAUAAGCUUCAAACGAUUAGAACAGAUAUGUCCUAAGUAUCACAGGAGUAACAAGCUCAAUUCUUUCAAAAGUAUUAAUUACUUAGAAUUCUAAUUUACAAUUUAUUUAUGCAACGAACAAAUUUAGAGAUAAUGGAAUCUCAUAUUUUCUUGAGACUGAUAACUUAAAUGUCAAUAACUUAAAUAUUACAUCAAAUUUAAUAUCUUCCUCCAAUAGUUUAUCUUUAGUUUCUGUUUAAAGCUCAUUUUGCACAUUUAAUAGUGUCACUUACUAAAAUAACUAAGGAAAUUUUUUGAUAACAUUAUCUUAAAGCUUAUUAAUUUAAAACAGCUUGUUUUAAUAUAAUUAAUGCUUAAACGGGGGAGCACUUUCUAUAAGUGAAAGCUCUAACUAAAUAUAAAUACACAAUAGUACUUUUUAAUUUAAUUAAGCUUUUGCUAGUGGCGGGGCUAUUUAUUUCGAAAAUGUUGGAGCAUAAAUAUAAAUGGAUAGAUUAGUUAAAAUAACUUAAAAUUAAGCUUUAAUAGGUGGAGGAGUUAGACUUUACAAUAAUUAGCCAAAUCUGCCUUAAUAACUUAAUUUUAAUUACAAAGCCAUUAUAUUUGAUAAUAAUGCAUAACUCUAUGGAAAAAACGUAGGAAUUUUCUUACAAAAUACAAUCGUCGGAGUUAUUCAAAGUAAUUUAACUUAGGCUACUGAUAGCAGCUCUACUGAAUCAACUAUAGUAGACUAUCUUAUCAUUUAAAACUAAGAUAUGAGUAUAUCUGAUUAACAGAAAUAUUAAUAAAUACUUAAAGUAUUUAAUUUUAAAAGCGGUGGUAUGCUAAAUCUUCUUGUGAAAUUAGUUGAUUCUGAAGGUACAUUUAUGAAAUUUUCUGCCUAAAAAUAUUAAUCUCAACAAUACCCUGAUACAAUCUAAACUGAAUUGAGCUAGAUAAAUUUCAAAAUACAAACAAUUACAAAUAAUUAAGAAGUAUUGAUUAAUGGAAGAAAUAUUAUUACCUCCUCAGAUUUUGAUGAUAUUUAAAAUCAAUUUAUAUUUUCUUAAAUUUAAAUUUCAAGCAUGCCAAAUUAGACAACAAGUUUAUAAAUUGUGCCUACUUAUACACCUGAUAAUAUAAAUGUACUCCCUACUUAAAUGGAGUUAAAUAUGAGAAUUUGCUAUCCCGGUGAAGUAGUUAAACAGAUAUAAAAUAAUCUAUACACAUGUUAUUCUUGCCCUAUAGGAUAAUAUUCGUUGUCAGAUCCUACAAAGGAUCAAUUUUGGUAGGAUAAUAUAUAGAAGACUAGCGAUAGUCAUUCAAAUGACCAAUCAUAAGCUUAUUAAUCUGAAUGCUAAAAGUGCCCAGAGUCAGCUCUUGAAUGCUAAAACAACACAAUAAUUUUAAAAACAGGUUACUGGAGAACUAAUAAAAUAUCUACUGAUAUUGUAGAGUGCUCUACCUAAUUUAAUGCUUGUGACGAAUAAGAUAGUACAAAUAAAUAAGGUUGUCUGAGAGGUUAUAUGGGUCCUAUCUGUAAAGUAUGUGAUAUAGGUGGUUAGAUAUGGGAAGGUGAAAGAUUUUCCACAUCUUACACAAACUAAAUGAAAUGUGAUGUAUGCAGCGAUGAAAGCUAUCAAAUUUUUUUUACCAUAUUAGCAAUAGUUAUCUUAAUAAUUUAUUUCAUUUUCAGCACUUUAAUGUUUUUUAAUUCUUUUGUUCACUCUUGCCUCUGCUAUUACAUUAGAAUAUUAAAAAUUAUACCUAUCUCAAGAUAUUCUAUCUUAGAUUAGUCAAGUUUUUACAUGAAGAUAUUAGUUAAUUAUAUUUAAAUAUCUUCUGUUUUGAAUUCUUAGCAGGUGAGCUUUUUCCCAAGUUUCCUCUUUUCUGUUACAAACUAUGCUGCUGAUCCAAAUUCAUAAGUGAUAGUAAGUGUUAAUUGCUUAUUUAGCAAACACUUAAUCUAAUUAUAUGGUUAAGCUCACAUUAUAUAAGUGUUGCAAGCAUUUUUACCUUUAGGAUUAUUUUUUGUUUCACUAUUAAUCAUAGCUUUCUGUGAAAAAUUAAAGCUCUUUGGUGUGAAAAGGUUCCACAAAUUCACUCUCAUUAAUUUUAUUUUUAUAUUUUUUUAGCCUGAUUAAAUAAAUUUCUUUUCCAAGCAGCUAAAUUGUACUCAAAUAGGGUCUGAAUUAUAUGUUACUUCUGAUUUGACUAUAAAAUGUAAUGAUCCUAACUAUACAUCAUUCACAUUUCCCCUAUCUAUUCCUUUAAUAAUAAUUUGGAGUUUGUUCCCAUUUAUAAUAUUUAAGUGUUUAUAGAAACGAUCUUCUAAACUUUUUUCCUGCUUUACCCUUUAUUAUUUUGGAUAUUACUAUUAAGAAUACUAUGAAAAGCGCUAUUAUUGGGAAUUUAUAAGAAUUUACUUAAGGGUUAUAAUUGUUGUUGCUUUUACACUCACCUCACAAUAUCAAUUUAUUAGCUACUAAGUUGUAGUUUUCAUACUGUUCAUUUAUAUUAAAAUUACUAUAUACUUUAAUCCUAUAAGAAAUCGUAUUUUGUAAAGGUUUGACUUUUACUGCUACUUUAUUAUCAUGGUGAAUUCUUUGUUAUCGACAAUAAAUAUCCAAAUGAACUCAUAUGCAAUCAAAGGACUGAUAUAUUGUCUGCACUUUAUGUUCAUAUUUAAAAUUAUUCUAGCAAUUGCUUUUUUCAAAUUAAGUAAUCCUUUAACUUAUGUUGGUAGGACGUUUAGUAAGAUUCUUUUUUAUAUCCUACCUAGUUCUAUCUGUAAAAAAUAUUUAAAAACACAAAAUACAAAAUGGAAAACUUUCAUUCAUUGGAGGAAAUUGCAAAAAAAUUUAAAUAUUUUAGUGAAGAUGAAAGCUUUUUAAAAAGUUACAAACGAAAAUCCCUAACUACUUUUAAGCUCUGUUAACUUAUUAAAUUCUACCCAAUAACAAAACCGAAAGAAAAGUGAUUUAAUGAAGGUAAAUCUUUUGAGUAAUUAUGUUUCUUCACUAUUAGAAACACCAAAAUCUAGAGAUUCAAAUAUUGAAAUAAAUUCUGCUAGGCUGUAAUAAGCACAGAGUGAAGAAUAGAAAAUUAACGAAGCUAAAAAUAAUGCUAAAAGUAUUUUUGGACUUUAAUACUAAGAAGAAUGUAAUUCUCCAAUAGAUGAAUAAGAUUAAUCAUCACCUUUUAGUCAAAACAAAAACUUAAGAAAGACUUUAGAAAUAAAUUAUGAAACCUAAUUCAAGCUUUUAGAUAGUAUCAAAAUGAAAUAAAAGAAAGUUAAAGAAUCAUAAUGA